AUAUUCCUCGCGUCAUUUAUUAUAGCAUCACCAAAAAAAAAACCCAGCUCCUCUGCCAUGGUACAAGUGAUCUUAAAGAGUUUUAUCAGUCCCUGUAAAUUGAAAGUUGAUCGGCUAGAGUAGAGAUGGAAGUGAGAUGGGACUCUUUUGCUGGGAUUUUUUUGGUGGGAUUGAUAUUGGGUUUUGCAGAGAUUGCUAAUGGAGGAAUAACAAGCAGUUAUGUAAGAAAUGAUGAUUUAUCUCUUGAUAUGCCAUUAGACAGUGAUGUGUUUAGAGUCCCUCCUGGCUAUAAUGCUCCUCAACAGGUUCAUAUAACACAAGGAGACCAUGAGGGGAAGGGUGUGAUUGUGUCUUGGGUUACACCAGAUGAGCCUGGUUCAAAGACAGUGCUUUACUGGGCUGAAAAUAGUGAGCUAAAAAAUUCUGCAGAUGGCUUUAUUUUGAAGUAUAGAUACUUCAAUUACACUUCUGGGUAUAUUCACCACUGCACCAUUAAGGAUUUGGAGUUUGAUACCAAAUAUUACUAUGAGGUUGGAAUUGGAAACACAACAAGACAAUUCUGGUUUAUCACUCCUCCUAGACCUGGCCCUGAUGUCCCAUACACAUUUGGUCUCAUAGGGGAUCUUGGUCAAACUCAUGAUUCAAACAGGACAGUUACCCACUAUGAGUUAAAUCCAACAAAGGGACAGACAUUGUUGUUCGUGGGGGAUCUGUCUUAUGCAGAUGAUUAUCCAUUUCAUGACAACUCGAGGUGGGAUACUUGGGGAAGGUUCGUAGAGAGAAGUGCGGCUUAUCAACCUUGGAUUUGGACUGCAGGGAAUCAUGAAAUUGACUUUGUUCCUGAAAUUGGUGAAAGGAAACCAUUUAAGCCUUAUUCCCACCGUUAUCAUGUCCCAUAUAGAGCAUCAGGGAGCACAUCUCCGAUGUGGUACUCCAUCAAGAGAGCUUCAGCAUACAUCAUUGUCUUGUCCUCUUACUCAGCUUAUGGAAAAUACACUCCUCAAUACAAAUGGCUAGAAAAGGAGCUGCCUAAAGUAAACAGGACUGAGACACCAUGGCUUAUUGUUCUUAUGCACUGUCCAAUGUAUAACAGUUAUGCACAUCAUUAUAUGGAAGGGGAAACCAUGAGAGUAAUGUAUGAGCCAUGGUUUGUGGAGUUCAAAGUUGAUGUUGUUUUUGCCGGCCAUGUUCAUGCUUAUGAGCGAUCUGAACGUAUAUCAAAUGUUGCAUACAACAUCGUGAACGGUUUGUGCACUCCCAUAAGAGAUCAAUCUGCCCCCAUUUACAUAACCAUUGGAGAUGGAGGAAACCUAGAAGGAUUAGUGACCAGCAUGACAGAGCCACAGCCAAGCUACUCAGCUUUUCGUGAACCUAGUUUUGGUCAUGGCAUCCUUGAUAUAAAGAACAGGACCCAUGCAUAUUUCGGCUGGCAUCGUAAUCAAGAUGGGUAUGCUGUAGAAGCCGAUUCCGUAUGGCUCCAUAAUAGAUUUUGGAACCCCGUGAGAGCUUCAUACGUGGCUGCGUUAUGAAGAGAUCCUAUUCCAUGAGCUGGGAAGGCGCAUCUAAAGUGUACCAGUUUCAUUCGGAAUAUUUAAGAAGUCUUCUCCAGAUAAUUCAAAAUCUUGUGUGAUAUGUACAAUCUUGCAGAUAAUAUGCACUCGGUGUAUAUCUCAGUUGUUUUGUGGCCAUGUUUCCUUCAAAACAGUGCCUGCUGCAAUUUGUCAUUGAACAAAAUCUUCUCAUUGAACCAUUUCACUCUUUUGGUUUUAA